GUGGGAUUAAGUGCUCAUAAUGUAAGAAUGAACGUGUGAUAUGAUAAGGUAUGAAAUGGAAAGCAUUGUGCAUCCUGUAUCCAUUGGAAGAAUUCCAGAGUAUCAAGUCAUAAAAUCAAAUGCAACUUCUCUAAGUGUAGGCGUAAGCCACAAGUGCUUGUUUUCUCAGCUGCCAUCCCUCAGACUCAAAUCAAAGGGACUGGCUUUGGGAGCCAUACACGCCUCAGCCUCUGAUGCUUCACAAAAAUGGCUUCUUCAGCCAGUUGGAGAUGGAGAUACAAGGCACAUAGGCUUCAAAGUUGAGAUGCCAGGUGCAUAUGAAAUUGCUUCUCGUGAGGUGACAGUUGGACGCGUUCCGGAGAAAGCUGACUUGGUGAUUCCUGUUGCAACAGUUUCGGCAGUGCAUGCACGCAUUCAGAAGAAACAAGGAAAUCUUCUUGUCACAGAUUUGGAUAGCACCAAUGGUACAUUCGUCGACGACAAGCGGCUGAGACCGGGAGUAGUUACCACUGUAUCUCCGGGGAGUAAUAUUACAUUUGACACCCAUCUGGCUAUGUUUCGUGUAUCGAAGGUCGAAGAAGAUACAACUGCAGACACCAAUGAAGAAAUAGAAGCUGCGGAAGAAACUGAUAAGGAACCUGAUAAUGCUCAAACGGGUUGAACAUCCUGGUGUAUGUUUUGUAUCUGCUCUACUUAGAAUAGUGUAUGCUACAACAACCAAAAAAAGGAUAAAAAAAAUAAUAAUAAUUGUGCAUGCUACAUCAGGUAUACAUGUUUUGUGUACUGAGAAUAAUAAAACUGUGCAUAUUGUGAUGAAAGGGCCCUGCUACACAUACAAGUAAAAGGCCGUACAAGUUUUACAA